GAAACAUCCAAAGCAGAACUUCAAUCUUCAAGCCGCCAAAAAGAGCACAUCCAGGACGAGUCAUUGAACAAAAGACCUCACGGACAAAACUGCCGGCUCCUCUCGCAAUCAUGGCUGACACUGGCUCAUUUAUCCAUAUUGCGCGGCCCCUGGGACCAGCGACUAUAGGAGUUGCGCCCACAACUGCCCCUCUCAACGUUAUCAUACAGCCCCAGGCUAUCUUUUCGAUUCUUGACCACUCCCUUCGACGCAAUGCUGACCAAGAACGAGUUAUCGGCACUCUGCUUGGCACUCGAUCUGAAGAUGGGACAGAGGUUGAGAUCCGCACCUGUUUCGCUGUCGGCCACACAGAGACCACCGACCAGGUCGAGGUGGAUAUGGAGUACCAGAAGCAGAUGCUCUCUCUUCACCUAAAAGCCAACCCCAAAGAAGUUCUUGUCGGGUGGUAUGCAACCUCGUCGGAGCUAAACACAUUUUCGGCUUUGAUUCAAAAUUUUUACGGUGGACAUGGCGACGGAACAUGGCCUCAUCCAGCAGUCCACUUGACUGUCUCUACCGAGCCCGGCAAGGAUAUCGUGACCAGGACAUAUAUUUCUGCACCGGUGGGUGUCACAACGGAGCGAGCUGCAGAUAGUGCGGCAUUUAUACCGGUGCCUUAUGAGAUCAGAUACGGCGAUGCGGAGAAGAACGGUCUGGAGGCGAUCGCGGCGGCAAAGGAUAGGGAAGACCGAUCGACGAAUCUCUUCACAGACAUCGACAACCUGGAAAGAUCUAUUGAAGAAGUCAUCGGCAUGAUCGAUCGAGUUUCGAGAUAUGUGGAGUCGGUAAUGGAUGAGGAGGCACCUGCUUCCACCGCCCUUGGCCAGUUUCUACUGAACGCCCUUGCACUUGCACCAAAGGUGGAUGCUGCUGAGAUCGAAAGUGACUUUAACAAACAUAUCCAGGACGUGCUUGUGGUCUCGUACCUUGCCAACUCCAUCCGCACACAAAUGGAGCUCUCCAACCGACUUGCAACCGCCCAGCUUACUUUGGGAGGUGGUGGUGAUGGUGGCAACACCACUGGAAACACGGGAGAAUCAGGCGGCCAACGUGGUCACCGGACAAACAGAGGUCGAGGUGGACAACGUGGUAGUGCUCAAGCCGAAGAGUUGCGAGCUUAA